AUGGAUGAGGUUAUUACACUAAAACAUGAAUUAAAGGAGAAAGAAAAGAUAGAGCCACAAAGUAGAACGGGGUAUAUAUUCUUAAAUGAUGAUGUAACAAUUUCUUUAAAAAAUAUUUUAAAACACAGUAACCACGAAGAAGAGGAAGAUAGAAAGAAAUUAAGAGAACUGGAAGAGGAAGAUAGAAAGAAAUUUAGGCAGCUUGAGGAUAGACAGAGACGGAACAACUUAAGGAUCCAUGGGUUGCAGGAGAAUGAUGGUGAGAGCUGGGAUGACACGAAAAAGAAAGUUUUAGAUCAAUUUGAGAAUAAGCCUGGAGUUAGAAAUGUUGUUAUUGAGCGCGCGCAUAGGAUUGGAAAAAAGAACGAGGAGAAGAAUACUAAUAAACUCGCAGGGACAGGAAUUUACAUAAACGAAGAAUUCUCGUAUGAAACAAGAAUGAUUAGGAAGAAACUGUUUGGUGAGAUGAAAACACACAGAGCAGAAGGAAAGUAUGCUAUCGUGUUAUAUGAUAAAUUGAUAGUUCGAGAAUUUAGGGAUAGGAUUGCUAAUGCCUAA